AUGUAUAACCACAUCUCCCUCUCAACCAGCAGCGCUGCCGGUCUCCUCUGGUUCAAGAUCGGAACGUUAACACACCCAAAGAAGCAGUACAAGAAGCUUAUGAACCAGGUCUCGUUGACCUUUGGCUUCCGCACUCCGUACCAAGUCCUCGUCGAUGCCGAUUUCCUACUGGCUGCCACGCAAUCGGAUCUGCUGCGCACCUUGGAGAAUACACUCCAUGGCGAGGUCAAGCUUCUCAUCACACAAUGCUGCAUGCGCCAUCUCUAUGCGCGGAAUAAGGAGCCAGGUGUUGGUGCUGCGAUAACGUUAGCGAAGGAGCAGGUCGAAAGGCGCUUUUGCGGACACCACCCCGACCAGCACCCGGAACCUCUUAGUGGCACAGAAUGCCUUAACCAUGUGGUGAAUCAUAAUGGGCACAAUAAGUUCAGGUACUGCGUUGCAGCGAACGACGACGAAGCUCGAGCCUCUUUAAGGCAAAUACCCGGGGUCCCGUUGCUGUACAUCCGGCGCUCAGUCCUUAUAAUGGAGCCGCUGUCGACUGUAACCGUGAAAGCAAGAUCCCGAGACGAGAAAUCGAAGUUCAGGGCAGAGCUCAAGGCACCAGCGGGCAAGCGGAAGAGGGACGAAGAUGACACAGACGAUGAGGAUGACAAGGACCAGAAGAGGGCGGGCGGAAGGGCGGGCAAAACGGAGACAAAGAAGAAGACCACCACCAAAACCAGUGGUCCCAAGCAACCUAAUCCUCUGUCCGUCCAAAAGAAGAAGCCCGACCCCACGCCAGCAUCGGGAGACGGGUCCCAGAUACCGAAGGCCGAUAUAGCAACUGUGGGAGUUGAUGGAGCAAAGAAAGAUGUUGUUACUGAGAACACAGGCUCAGGGGAAGCUCCGGCACGGAAGCGGCGGCGGAAGCACAAGUCCAAGCUCACGGAAACGGCUGCAGAUGAUCCUGGCGCCGGGGCGCAGGGUUUGGAAGCCGGAGAAUAG